AUGAGUCUCAGCUCUGACGAAGUUCGCCACAUCACGAACGAAAACUCAGCCCGUUUUCGCCUGAAACUUUGGAGGAAGUCUCGUGCACUGCACCAAUCUGAACGUCGUAUUAAGGCCAAACGACUUCAGUACAACGUAAAUCAGCCGACGUCUUCUCGUGAGAUUGACCUACGACUCUCUUCAUCAUGUAGUUCCAUUCGAAAUGAAAUUAUUGACAUCAAUAUUAUAGUAAAGCCUGGUGUUCUGCUCUAA